AUGCUCAAGGAGCUCGGCAUCACGCACGUCGUCUCGCUCGGCGAGACUGCGCUGUACCCGCCUCGCUCGCCCGGGCCGCUUGCGUCGAUCGCGUCGGCGUUCCGCUCGUCGUCGCCGACCGACUCGCCGCCGGUCAACUCGCUCUGGCACGAGGAGCGCCUUGGCAACAUCGCCGUCCUCGACAUGCAGGCCAUCGCCGACGACGGCAUCGACUCGAUCCGCCCGUGCAUCGACGAGGCGCUCGACUUUAUCAGCGACGCGAGGCGCCAGGGCGGUCGCGUCCUCGUGCACUGCAAG